GUGUGCGGGGUCCCGGCGGCGGUGGUGGUGGCGGCGCUUCGGGGCCUGCCCCGGCCUGGCCUGGCCUCCGCUUUGCGGCAGCGCCGCCUCCGGAGAGCCGGGGGGCGCUCGCCGGCUCCUCGCCCGGCUGGGCCGGGGGCGUUGCCGGGUGUGUCUAGGGACCCUUGGCGGGGUGGCCCAGGCGGUAGUUUCUAGGGGCCCCUGGGGCGGCCCGGGACGCUGACGGGUGUUUCUAGGGGGCGUUGAGAGUUUCUAGGGGCCCCUGGGAUAAGGGGCAGGGGAGGGUGCCGGGUGUCUCUAGGGGGCCCUGUCGGCAGUUUCUAGGGGCCCCUGGGACGGUGCCGGUAGUUUCUAGGGGCCCCUGUGGGCUGGUCCCUGUCGACAGUUUCUAGGGGCCCCUGUGGGGGGGGGCUGGGACGGUGCCGGGAGUUUCUAAGGGCCCCGGGGGGGCUGGCCCCUGCUGGCAGUUUCUAGGGGCCCCCCUGGGGGGCGCUGGGUGUUAGAGGCGCUCUCGUUGCCAGCAUCACAGUCUCAGCCGUUGGGAGGCAUCGGGUGUCUCCCUGCCAUUACUGUCCUGGCUGGGCUGGGCGAUGAAUGGCUUCAGCACCGAGGAGGACAGCCGGGAUGGGCCCCCCGCUGCCCCCUUUUACGGCCAGAGCUGCUGCCUGAUUGAUGACGGGGACCGCUGCGUCCGCCCGGCCGGCAAUGCCUCCUUCAGCAAGAGGAUCCAGAAGAGCAUCUCCCAGAAGAAGCUCAAGCUGGACAUUGACAAAAGUGUAAGGCAUCUGUACAUUUGUGAUUUCCACAAGAAUUUCAUUCAGAGUGUGCGAAACAAAAGGAAGAGGAAAACUAGCGAUGAUGGAGGAGACUCUCCUGAGCAUGAGAUGGAUGUCCCAGAGGUUGACCUGUUCCAGCUGCAAGUGAACACGCUGCGACGGUACAAAAGACAUUACAAGUUACAGACCAGGCCUGGCCUCAAUAAGGCUCAGCUAGCAGAAACUAUUAGCCGCCACUUCAGAAAUAUCCCUGUGAACGAGAAGGAGACGCUUGCUUACUUCAUCUACAUGGUAAAGAGUAACAAGAGCAGGCUGGACCAGAAAUCAGAAAGCAGCAAGCAACUAGAAUGAAGAUGAGUUGGACUUUGGAUGAGAAUAAGCAUGAUAUUGAAGGAACAGGUGGUGUCAUGCAUUUUAAGCUUCUAAAGACUGUUAAACUAUAUUGUAAAUUUGUUUUAAAUGCAGUGUGUGUGAAUGACAUAGAAACUCUUGGUCAGGACUAUCUGAAAACAUGCAUCCAACAUGCCUAAGAAGACUUACUUCCCAGUCAAAGCCAACAUUGGAAUGAAGGAAUAAAGAUCAUAGGAAGAACUAAAGAUAUCAGUCGGACUCCGUGGCUUUGGAGUUCAUUGAUGCAGUGUGUUUAAAGUACUUCUGGAAGCCUGCUUCUGAAUGUGAUUUAGGUGACGAGUAAAAAGAAUUCAGUGGCCUCAUUCUGCGUCACCAAACCGCCAUGCAGCACACUUUGAUUCAGGACUGGAACAGCGGUGGAGUUAUAAUUCAGAAUCAAGGUGCAUGGGUCAGAAGUCUGUCUGUCUGAAGCUUGCUCACAACCUGAACACAUUCCACCUUUCUCUGAGUCAGUGCUACAAAUCCCAAACUUCUGUGAAUGAAUGCUACAGUUCGCCAAAUCCACUCAGUGAAUGCUAUUUGAUUGGUUUGAAAAUGGAUUUCUCACGUCAUAUUAUAUGGAAACCAAACCGAUAUUGCCAACCUUUUCAUCUGCUUCACCUUAUUUAAAAACUCAUUAUUUAAUUGAAUUGUUUUAAGCAUUUGAGAACAUCUGCAUUUUCUGGACUUAUGACAUUUAAGGAAAUAUGUGGCAUUUAGGCAAAUAUUGUGAAUUAAUUCACUGGUUUGAUCAUGUUGUUAAAAUGCCCCAAUUAAUUUACAUAAGUCUGUUGUGUCUCUUGAAUUUUAGGCUCAGGGAUAGGUGAAGUAAUGGCUUAUGGCAUGAGCUUUUAUUCUGGGUCAGAUCAGGUAUAAGUCACACAAGUGAUUUAAUUCUCAAUCUGGUCGUCAGCAGGUCUACAUCACAAAACUGACACACAGAUUGGUCUGACUUCCAGUCUCAGUUUCAGAUUAAACCAUUCUAGGAGCAAUAGAUAUGUCACCAGUGUACUAACAGGAGUGUAUGCGAUAUCUGAACAGCAUCUGAACUGUUUUUGGCAUGGACAGAGUCAAAAAACACUCACUUUUCAUAAGCAUUAAAUUUACGUUUCCUAGGAAUAAUGCUGAUCAUAGAAUGGCACACAGUUGUCCUUUGUGACUGCAUAUUUUCAAAGUAAAGUAAAGUUAAAAUCACUCAUUUUUUGUCAUUUCAAGCCAAGGUAUUCCUUCACAGCCUAAACAAAAUUGGCAAAGGGAGCCUAAAGAGGGUUCAGUAUCAGAGGGGUAGCCGUGUUAGUCUGGUUCUGUAGAAGCAGCAAAGAAUCCUGUGGCACCUUAUAGACUAACAGACGUUUUGCAGCAUGAGCUUUCGUGGGUGAAUACCCACUUCUUCGGAUGCAAGUAGUGAAAAGAGGGUUGUGACCUGUCAUUUUCCAAUGACCUCAAAUCCAAUUCAAGGUAAUCUUUGUGAUUUAAAACACCAGUCCGCGCCCCUGCUGUUUUAACUUUUUAGUCUUUUUAUUCUGUUCUGAGAUGCCAAGACCCCACUUGAUGAGCAUAUAUGCAAACAAGCCUUAAGCAGCAAAGUGAACAGUGGAGAACUUAGGUUAGAAUUUUUCAGUUGUGGGUUUGAACAAGCAGAAACCGGCUGUAGCUUUGAAUAGCUAAACAUGAGACACAGCUCAAUAUUGUAUGUAUUGCUUAUUGUGCAAGUCAGACAGUUCAUACAAUAACUUCUUGAAAUCUUAAGCUUUCCCAAAGUGUCCGUUAAAAUAAUUAAGGUCACCACUCUAAGCAAGCUGAGUUUAUUUGCAGAGCUUUCAAGUGUUUGCUUAUGUUCCAAAUGGAUAUUCAAGAAACUUCAGCCUUUUUAAUAAGUCCAAUGUCAUGCAGAAAAUACUUCUAGUGCUAGGGAUAGUCCAUUUUAAUCUGAUGCAUCUCUGAAGGAUGUGAAUUGUUUUAAGUGUCCUCACAGACUCCAAUUCAGUAUGAAUUUGAAGAACCUUUUGCUAUUUAGAUCAGAGGAUAUGUCUACCCUUCAGUUAAAAACCCGUGGCUGGCCCAUGCCAGCUGACUCACGCUGGUGGGGCUAGGGCUAGGGAGCUGUUUAAUUGCCAUAUAGCCAUUCAGGCUUGGGCUGGAGCUGGGGCCCUAGUGAGGCCGGAGCCCAAACAUGUGCAAUUAAACAGUCCCUUGGGAGUCAGCUGGCAUGGGCCAGCCACAGGUGUCUAAUUGCAAUAGAGACAUAUCCUAAGGGGCUUUGACACAAGCAGUGAAGGAGUGUAUGGAAUGGUAAGCAAAUGUCUUGCAUCAAUAUUUCUUGAGUGUUUAAGAGUCUCCAUUAUUCUGGUCCCUUCCUUAUUGGAAGGAUGAAAUAAAAACCGUGUAUCACUCAGUUGAUCUGAUUUAUAUAAUUCAGGACAGAUGCUUAGAAGGUAUGUUCUCUGACUGCAUGAUUAACUGCAGAGAUUGUAUGCAUGCAGCCGGAGGAGAGUGAUUAAGGAAAAACCUGUCUUCAAGUUCUGAGUAGGUUAUGCCUUAUCCUGACUUCCAGACCAAAAUUGUAAAAAAUGGAAUUUAUAUGAUGGUGGGUUUGGUUGUUGUUUUUUUUUAAGAGCAAAUAAUUUGUUGCAGUGUUUUAGCUGCUCAGCAGCAAAUAGAUUCUUUACAAAGGAAAUACGGUGGCAGGUUCCAUCUGUUCGGGUGUAUUCACUGGAAUGUUUUUGUGCGGAGGUGGGAUUCAGGACAUUUUUCUGAGCUAAUCGAUUGAUAUAAAAUGUAUGAUUGUUGUUGUUUUCACUUAAGCAAUUAUACUUAAAAACAAAUCUCAUUCUAAGGAGUGGUGAUGGAAAGAUGUUUACCAGCAAUUAGCAGGAGUUUAUAAGGUGGAGAGGUUGGAGGAGGGACACCAGAGAAGCAGAGGAAUCUUUGGUUUUCAGAUCCCUUGGAUUCCAUUGCCUUAUAAACACUUGGAGAUGACUUUAGCUGAGUUGAGAACAAGAGAAUGAGUAACAAGCCUUGAUCAUGAGAGCAAGUGUCUUGGUGGAGGGGACUGGUCACUCAUGUGACUCCCCAUGCUAGAAACUGACAUUACACAUCAAUUCAGCAGCAAUAUCCAUGUUCAGAGUGCCUGUGGCUCUCAGAGCGUUUAGAUUUUAAUAACCAGAAACGCAACAAUGCAAUUGUUCUGUGUAAUACCACUGUGUGUACUUGAUUAUGCUGCAUGCCAAUUAAUGAUACUGUCCAACGUUUUUUAAAUCCUCAACAGCAAAUAUUUUUUUGAGCCUCAGAGGUGUGAAAGCUGAGGUAGCAGAAUUUUUCUGCACUUUGGCGGGGUUUGUUUAAGAUGCAGGAGAGCAGAAUUGCUUUGAUUGACAUGGUUCAUUCACACAAGGUGAACAUUUUUACCUUGAUACUUUUAGAACAGAGGUGGGCAACCUUUCAGAAGUGGUGUGCCAAGUCUUCAUUUAUUCACUUUGAUUUA